CUUUCGGUACCGAGUAAAGCGGAGAUGGCUGCACCUUUCCAGUCCAGGGAAGCUUUCCUGGAUUUUCUGAAAGCUCCAGAGGGCAGUGAAGGCCGCACUCUAGUUGGGGACUCAAGGUGGUCAAACAAAGACUUGGCACCAACACCCNNGUACAACUUGCCUCUCUACUGGUUCUCUGCUCAAUUCUCCAUUGUUGGCUGGAACACUGGGUCAUCCUUGGUUACCGUCGGUCUCACAUGGCAGCAGUCCUUCAUAUCUGCUUGCAUUGGCUCAUUCCUUGCCUCUGUGAUUGUCGUCUUGAUGGCUCGUCCGGGAGCGAAAUAUCAUAUCGGCUACCCAGUACUCGCAAGAUCGGUCAUGGGGAUGUACGGAUCUUACUUCUUUGUAUUCAUUCGAGCCAUAGUGUGCAUCGUCUGGUACGGCAUCCAAACAUUCUAUGCCGGCAACGUCCUCUCUGUCAUGUUUCGCUGCAUGUUUGGGAGCUCCUGGAACAAUCUCGACAAUACGCUACCGCUAAGCUCGAACGUAUCGUCGAAACAGCUUCUGGCAUUCUUCAUAGCAUGGCUCAUACAAUUUCCGUUCCAUAUACACUACAUCUUUACGAUCAAAGGAUUUACCAUGCCCGUGGCUGCUUUUGCUCUAUUCGGAUGUGCUAUGAGCAUGGGUGCGGGAUUGGGAGAUAUGGGCAUCGCUUCGAAAGCCGGCGAACUCUCUUCUUCAGUCACGCCUCUAGGCUGGUCCAUCAUGUCUGGAAUAAAUACGAUCUUUGGAGGUUUGUCGCCUAUGCUAGUCAAUCAGCCCGAUCUUGCUCGCUACUGUAAGAGACCUCGAGACGCUGGAUUUCUCCAAGGCCUUUGUGUUUUCUUCCCUACAGUUCUCGUCUUCUUUUUGGGACUGGCUUCAACGACAUCCAUCCAGAUAGAGUGGGGAACUGCUUACUGGAAUGUUUGGGAUCUUCUCGACGUCAUCCUUGACCACCAUUUCAGCGCAGGUGCUCGUACUGGUAUCUUCUUCAUUGCCCUCACAUUCUUNUUCGGCGUGUUUGUGACCAACAUUGGCGCGAACUCGCUCCCAUUUGGUGCCGAUAUGACAGGUCUGGUUCCCAAGUUCUUGACAAUUCGCCGGGGACAGAUCCUUUGUGCAAUCUUGGGAGUAGUUGUGCAACCAUGGCAGCUCAUGGCAAACGCGUCGGCCUUUCUCAGCUUCUUGGGAUCGUACAACAUCUUCAUGGCGCCGCUUUGUGCCAUCAUCAUCGUUGACUACUUCAUCAUCCGCAAAGGCAACCUACAUGUACGGUCAUGUUUCAGUGGCAGCAAUGCUGGCCUGUAUUGGUACUGGUCAGGUGUCAAUAUAGUUGGCGUAACUGCAUGGCUCCUUGGCACAACCAUGGGAAUACCCGGUCUCAUUGGACAGUAUCAGCCAGAAAUCAUUAGCUUGGCCGCAAAGAACAUGUACAGGCUCGGUUACCUGUUGACGUUCACGACGGCAGCGACAGUGUAUUAUGUCCUGAGGUUGUUCGUCAAGCCACGGAUCUUCCCUACUGAGCGCGAAGAUUCACCUUUCCAGUGGGAGUGGCUUGCAAACGAGGGACGGGAAGGCUUCUACGAUGAUGAGAAGGAUGGUAACGAGCUCUUCGCACCUGCCACACCGCCUGCAAUGGAAGCCGAGGAGGUCCAGAUGAGCGAGAAAGGUUACGAAUUGAAAGUCUGA